GCUUCGUUUCCAUAGUCUCGUCGGGCUUUGAAACAGACGGACGCGUUUGAUUGUCCUCUGGAAGAAACUAUGAAAGAGCUUUUCUUCAUUGCGGCUCUGGCGGCUUUCUGCUGCGCAGCGUUCUCCAAAACAUCCCCUCCGACAGUCCAGGUGUACAGUCGUGACCCUGGCCAGUAUGGGAAGGAAAACACCCUGAUCUGCCACGUCAGCAACUUCCACCCCCCAGACAUCACCAUCCGGCUUAUGGAGGAUGACCAGGAGCUACCAGAGGCCAAGCAGACCGACCUGGCGUUCAAACAGAACUGGCACUUUCACCUGACAAAGAGCGCUCCUUUCACACCAAAGCAGGGAGCCAGGUACACCUGCAAGGUCACCCACAGCGGCCUGGCCAAAGACUACACCUGGGAGUCCAACAUGUAACCGCCAUAGAGGGAGACCCAGCGUCUUGUUCCCUUGCAGGCCGACCCCAGCUCUUCUGUGCAGAUCUACAGCCUCUUCAACUCUCCAAUCAAAAGCAUCUCUUUCCUCCCCUCAGUUCCCACAAACAUAGCGUCAGGUGUGGUGGUGGUCAGUCUUCAGAUUAUCUUGUAUGAUUUCAGAGGAUAGAUUUGUAACCCAAGUGUAAAUUUGCUGUUUUUUUUUCUUUCUAACCUGUUCUUUGUUUUACUUGAGUAAUUUAAGUUGUUUCCCAAUCAAGAAGAAAAUUCAUCUGUGGCCAAACAGGAGGGUGGGGGCUGCUCAGUAUUUCAUAAUUAGAAAUUGAUUUAUCAUUGAACAUGAAAAAGGAUUUGUUAGCUUUGAAAACAGCUAAAGUGAACAUUUUGAUCACAAAAAAUGAUGACAGCCGUCUGCAGGUUUCUGCUCCUGAGGUCAUUCUUAAGGAGAUUUCGUUCAGGAGACCCCAAAUGUGGAUUUGAAUAAAUCCCACAGUUUUCAUGGACUCUCAAUUAUUUUUUGUGCCUGUUUGGACCACAAGGAAAACCUUUGAAUGUCAAAAGAUGUCUGUAAAAAAAAAUUAAUAAAAUUUAAAAAAAGAAA